ACGUAGGAUCCUACUUCUUUUUUCUUACCCAGUUGGCCGAAUCUAGCCGUGGAUCUCUCCAUACCAAUCUUCACCGUUGGAAAAAAAAAAAACCAAAAUACUCAAUUCGGUAUCAGCCGUAGGAUCUAGGGCGACAUACACAAAACUCAUCCAUUUUUACUAUGCAUAUCCUUCUCUCUCCUCUUCCCAACCCCGUUUCUGCUUCCGCCACAAAGAGGAAGGAGAGAGAGGGAGAGGGAAACCCAGAAGAGCUCGACGAUGGUGCAACGGCUGACUUAUCGCAAACGGCAUAGCUAUGCCACCAAAUCUAACCAGCACCGGAUCGUCAAAACCCCAGGUGGGAAGCUAGUGUAUCAGAGUACCAAGAAGAGGGCAAGUGGUCCCAAGUGCCCUGUCACAGGGAAGAGAAUACAAGGGAUUCCUCACUUGAGACCUGCCGAAUAUAAGAGAUCUAGAUUAUCUAGAAACAGGAGGACGGUGAACCGUGCUUACGGUGGGGUGUUGUCUGGAGGUGCUGUGAGGGAAAGGAUCAUUAGAGCCUUUCUAGUGGAGGAGCAAAAGAUUGUGAAGAAGGUUUUGAAGAUUCAAAAGGCCAAAGAAAAGCAAGCCGGUAAAAGUUGAGCUUUGAAGGGUAUAUUGCAUUUUAACGAGAGAAUUUUGGAUGCGGCCAGUGACUAGGAUCAAAGAAAUGUAAUGUGAGAAAUUUAAAUUUGCUUUUGUAGCUUAUCGGGCUGUUUGAAACAGUUAUUAUUGGUACUUUUUGUUAAUUUUAUCAUCAAAGCAAUUGUGCCA